AAUUUUAUUAUAUGAAAUGCAGCGGGGAAUUUAUGGAGUUGCAGGCAGAAACUGCAAGAUUUGGGUUUUGAUGGGCCAAUGUAAGAAAGGAGCAAAGUAGGUUUGUAUUCUACGUCGAUGUUUGGGAAUGAACGAAGCAUGUUGACGAGGGUGGUACCCGUAGCUAGGUUCAUUUCUAGGAGGUUACGAGCAGUGCGGCAAGUGCAUGGAGAUGGAGAUGGAGAUGGUGAUGGCGAAGGGCGUUUACAUUUUCACAAGAGCAAAGGUCAACACAUUCUCAUCAACCCUAGAAUUCUUGAUACCAUCGUUCGCAAAUCCGCCAUAAAUCCAACCGACACUGUCCUCGAAAUCGGACCUGGCACCGGCAACCUCACCAUCAAGCUUCUUGAAGCUGCUCACAAGGUAGUAGCAUUCGAAAUUGACCACCGCAUGGUCCAGGUUCUCGUGAAGCGCGCUCUUCGACAAGGUCUCAAUGAUAAGCUCAGGGUUAUAAAAAAAGAUGCAGUGAAAGCCCUGUUUCCGCGGUUUGACCUUGUUGUGGCCAACAUUCCUUAUCAGAUAUCUUCCCCUCUCGUGAUGAAACUGGUGUAUGGGGCGACGCCGUUUCGGAGUGCCACGCUUCUUCUUCAGAAAGAGUUCGCUCAAAGGUUGGUGGCAAAUCCUGGUGACUCUGAGUUUAGCCGGCUGUCGGUGAAUGUGAAGCUUCUGGCUGAUGUGGAGCUUGUGAUGAAUGUAAGCAAGAGGGACUUUCUCCCUUCCCCCAAAGUUGACUCUUCUGUGGUCAUAAUCCGCCCUAAGCCUCAGGUUCCCAAUGUGGAUCUCCGUGAGUGGAGGGCUUUCACAUCGAACUGUUUUAAUAACCGUUACAAGACACUGGGGGCAACUUUUAAGAAUAAAAGGAAAGUCUUUGAGUUGCUCAAAAUCUCUAAUGAAAACGAUAAAGCUUCUUCCCACAAGGGUGAUGAUGCUGAAGAUGAAGUAGGCUUUACCUCGUUCAAGGAAAAGAUUAUUGGGGUGCUUAGAACCGGAGAGUUUGAAGAUAAAAGGCCUGCAAAACUUUCUAUCGAGGAGCUUCUGCAUUUGCUCUCUUUGUUCAAUCAAGCUGGCAUUUAUUUUUCAAACCAUGGUCAUCUGAAGAGGGAAGAUAGGUUUGAUGAUGCCGAUGAAUAGUAGUGCACCCUGGCGUUAUGUUUAUCAACGACUGUGUAUAACAUUAUCAUUGUUUCUUUUUUUUUUUACUAGAAUGCAAGCCUUCUUCAUUUGAUAAUAUUUUUGAGAGAAAAAUCAGGCACGAGGGAGCCAGAAAGAAUAUGAGAAGGUAGAAGCGUUAACUCUAACCAUUAAAUCUGGUUUGAUUGGUCAAGAUUGGUUUUACAAUAAAGCAGCAUCAUAACAUUGAAGGACCGAAAUCAGCUCUUUAUAUGCCUUCAGGUGAUACUCCUCAAUAUAAAUGUAUUCGAAAGAUGUAUCCUCAUGGGUGCAUUGGCGAAGGCCAGAAGCUGCAAAUUAAACUUAUAGUGCAGUACUUGGAAGUGAGCAAGGGCAGUGCUUGUUUCUAAAUGGAAUUCAAUUGAAAGAGCACAAGUUGAAACUAACUUCUGGUGUUUAAGAAUGCUGUUGUAGCUUUAGCAUCAUGAUAGAAAAUGAGCAUGGUAGUUUGUGGUUUAAAUAUUUGAUUCCAAAUAAACUUUUUUUGAGUGCAUCUUAUAAUCUAUUUUACUGUCUUCUUUCUU